UGCUAGCUUUAGUUUUUGAAAUGUGGUGGGUGAACAAAAGAUUGUAAAUUACAAAAUAUUUCCCCCAUCAAAACGUUUAAUGCAUUUCUGAACGGUCUCAUUUUUUCUGGCUUAAUGUUUUGUUUUUCUUGUUUCGAACAUUAGCAAAUGUUUGUUUAAACUAAACGCUACCACUCUAUUGUUCGUUUGUAUUGUGCUUCUUAUGUUUAUUGCAUUUAAUUUGUCAAACACUUAGCCGUUCAUGCUAUCCUUCACUUUUAUACAUCAAUCGGAAACAUAAUGGUGAUGGAGUCUGUUGUCUUAGUUGCAAUCGGCGUAUUAACAGUGGUGUUUGUUGGAUCACUUCUUGCACUUAUAUUAGUUUGCCGACACAAAUAUUGUCGGCCUUUAGACUUGUUGUCGCAUCAAUUUAAGGAUGUAAGACCUGAAAUUCACCUGAUUUCAAAUGAUGAUGGAACAGACAUGGAGUUAGAUGAUGUAAGAUUACAUCCAAACAUUGAAAAGAUAUUGGCUGAUGAACAAUGGGUUGAUGAUGCUACUGGCCUCAUUCCUCACUGCUUAGCUAUACUGAAAAAAUGCCAUCACUUGACAGAGAGGCUUGUUCCAAUGAUGAUGACUCAUGUUUCCCAGCAGUCCCACCAAGAGCUUGGUGAAAUCAUUGAAGUUGCCAAGAAAAUAAGCCCUCGUGUGGACGAUGUUGUCAGAGCAAUGUACCCACCCCUUGAUCCGCGUCUGUUAGAAGCAAGAUGCAUGUCUCUCAUCUUAUCUGUGAAUCACCUGGCUCUUGUAACAAGAUCUUUGUGCCAAUUGAGGACAACUUGUAAUUGGAUUGAGGCUGCUCUGGCAGAUAUGGAGGAAAAUUUACAGGUAUUGAGAGAGGCUGGAAUGGCAUUAGAAACGGCGCCUGCCCCUCAGGUCAAUGGCAGCUCAUUUAUGGAAUGCAAUGAAGCGGCCCUAGGAUGUCAGAUGUCUCAUAACACAGGCCUAAUUAAUGCAUGCUGAGAUGUGAAAGAAGUUUGUACUUUAUGACAUUCCACUGUUCUUUAUUACUUCCUUUCAAGGUUUCUGAAAUCUCAUUUUUUAAAACGAUUUAUUCCAUUUUAUUAUACUAUUGUUAUAAUGUUGAUGUUUUGUGUAUCUGUUAUUUGUUAUGAGCUGUUAUGCUUAUAUACUCCACGGAAGAUUCAUAUCAAGGUAGUGACAUAAUCAUAAAAAAUACUGUAAGCCAUGGAAGUCCUUAAAUAUUUUGUGCAGAGGUUCCAUUGCAUUUUAAAAUGAAUGAAGAUGAUUCAAAUUUUACAAUCUGAACUUAGUGUUUCAAUACCUUAAGAUUUUAUAAUUGUAUUUCUAUAUAUUCUUCUGAAUAUCAAUGAAGCAGGAAAUGUUCUAUUUUCAUGUUUUGAUAUUAAUUAAAUGAAAAUGCUCAUAGAUUUGCACCUACAUGUGAAGCCAUAAAGAAUUUGUAUAAUGAACAUAAUAUAUAUACAUUUGUUUUCCCUAUUUAAAAAUACUGCAAGCUAAAAAUUAAGAGUCCCCCUCCCCCUGCUAUCAAGAAUAAAAUAAGGUUUUCCUCGAAUAAAUUUUUCUUAUAUAGUUUUAGUCUAAUAUUAAAAAUUCAGAAUAAGAGGGAGGAACAUGGAUUGUACUGUAACUCUAUGCAUUUAUAUGUAUGAUUAAAAUUCAUGCAUUUAUAAGUUUGUGUGUGUGUGUGUGUGUUUUUUUUUCUUCAAAUGUGUUACCGUUCAUAUGUUUCAAUUUCAUCAAGAAAAAAGUGCCUAAAACCAUUUUUUUUUGACUGUGCAGUACAUACUAUUACUGACAAACUAAUUGGCUAUGUGCAGUUAAUUAUAAUAAAAAAUGUUUAUACAUACAGCCUGUUUACAUUGACAAAAAUGUCGGACACAUUUUCAAACUGCUGCAAAAAAUAAAAGCUCUAUAAGGAAGAGUGGAUGAUUAAUUGUAUGUAGAAUUUUCAACUCUUUACCAGGUGAAAAAAGUAUUGAAUCAAAUGCGGUUUGCAAUGUAAGUGGGUGUAAUUGGAACUCUCUAUGUUUGCAGUAAGCUGGCCUAUUGCAUUUCCUUUGUAAAUCUGCUCAUAUAUAUCCUUAUCAUCUAUGGGCAGUAUUACUGUUCCAUGAAUGGAAUAUUAAUAUUUUUUGUUGUAUGUAUAUUGUUUUAAUAUUUUAAAAGAGCAAACUGUAUGUCAUAGUUGUUUUAAUGCAAAUACUCACCAGUCUAGGUAAACAGCCAACUUGGGGUUUUUUAAAAUAUUAGUGCCUUUCUAAAUUUGUUCUCUCUCUCUCUCUUUGUUAUUGUAAUGGUUAAGAAAAAUUGUUUUUAAGGGGGAAAAAAACACUAUUUAGAGUACUUUUAUCAUAAUUAAGUUAUCCAAGACUUUAGUUAAAGACCACAAAUGGCAAAAGUAUAAGCUCCCAUUCUAUUUUUUAAAGCUUAAAAUUACUUGGUAAACAUACUUAUUUAAAAUCUAUCUCAGAGCCAGACUGACGCAAGUCCAAAAACUGAAAUUUUCCGUUUAUUAGUGCAUUGUAUGUUAAAGCCUAUUCCCUAUCGAGCCAUGUAAACGUAGGGUAACGGCACCAGUAACAGACAGUCAUAACUUUGAAUUUUAAUAAUAAGAAUUUCUGAUGGGUAAAACUGAUGUUGCUGCAACCCAUGAAUACGGUGCAACCAUCUAGUCUUAUCAGAGUGAAUUUUAUGAGCCAGUUGGUAUUUAGAAGGCAGUGGUGGAAGGUUAUGAACAGCUACCGCGAGGUCUGCCAGUAUUUCAUGUUCUUUUGAAUUUAAUAAGGUUUUAGGUCUAAAAAUAAAGAAUUUUUUCACAUUUUAAAGAGAAAAGGGGGAAUUCUGUCCAUUACUCAUCCUUUCUUCUUCCAAUCUGUUGCUGGGUAUCAUCAGAAUCGACGGUGUCUGAUAAUGGGGUUCUGGGGUUUGUAACUUUUUUUGAAAUGGAGUAAAUAAGAAUAAAAUUAAUUAAUUCAGAGGAUCCAAAAGCAGCCAAACAUUAGAUGAGAUGUAGUUGCAUGAGAGAAAACUAGUUUUAAGAGUCUAAAUACAUUCAAAGGCUCAGAAAAUUGAGUGAACCUGAGAGCGAUGUCUUAAACAUGUCUGUUACUGGUGCCGUUACCCGUUACCGUAAAACGUACACACGCCCCGUGCUUUCCAUGAGCCAAAAAAAAGUUUUUCCUCUUUCCUGUAAAAUUACCAUAAUGUGACUAAUGUCCUUCUGGCUCUGAGGUACAGAAAUUAUGUGUAUUAAUCUUUUAAAUAAAAAAACUGUGUGCUGCCAUUCUAAAAUGAAUACAUGUAGAAUUUUGCAUCCAUAAAGACUACAGUGGACCAGUGAAGACAACCAGUGGUUCCAUUCAUAAAGACAACAGUGUACAGACUCUUGCGUAGUAACCGUGGCAACAAAAUUGUUUAUAAAUAACAACGUUGUUGGACUUAUUGCUAACCUUUAUGAUGUGCAAAAUGUGCAUGUAAGUUAUUUCAUACUCUUCAAUUUGUUCUGUCUGUCUGUCUGUUCAAUCUGUCUGCAUAUUAAACAUAAAUCAUGUACAGGCCAGGGUCGCAUUUCUCGCAAAAUGCGAGAAUACUAUCCAAAUUGCAAAAAUGGAACAAAGCAUUUUCGCUUUUUUGCUCCAAUAUAACAAGAAAAAGAAGGGGGUUAAAAAGGUGUACAAUCAGAGAGAGGAAGCGAUAUUGAACUUAAUCGUAUUUAUAAAUCAUAUCUAACAUGUAUAAACUAUUGUUAAGUUAAACAAUAUUUCGUCUUAAUUUGCAUUUUAUCCCCCCCCCAAAUUAAUGAAUUAUUGGGGUUUUUCAAAAAAAAAGUUUGCUCCCUCAAUACCAAGAACAAUUCUGAAUUUUUCUUUUAAAAUUUUUAAAAGAUAUUGUGCAUUUAUUUCUUCAAAGAUGCCAAGCCUGAAUUUUAGCAUUUUGCUAAAGACUUUUCCCCAAUUUCAGCUUUUUUGCUAAAAAAAUUUUAAACUCGACUUAAACGCUGGUACAGGCUAAAAUACAGUUGAACCAGUCGAGCACAGAGUUUGUUUCUUUAGUUGCAUUUGGUUCUUUCAACUCCCGUUAUUUUUCUAGAACACCUCAAAGUGUUUAUACUUCUAAAUUUUAUGGUUCAAAUCAAGAUUUAGGAUAUCUUCCAAAUUUAAAACUUUUGAGUCCUGCUGUUUGAAAGGGGAAAAUUUAAAUAAAAGGUAUUAUUCAGCUAAGCAUGUUUAACAUUUUUAUCUUCACUAUAUUUACCUAUGGAAAAACUGCUUUGCUUUGUGAUGAAAAAACUCCAAUCAAUCUUAAUAUUUGAUCAUUCAUCUUAUUCCUCUAAUUUGAGAUAAAUGGGUAACUAAGAUCUUUAAGGUAAGACUAGUAGCCAAAAUAAUGCUCCGUGGCAGCUUUAAUAUUGGAAAUAUAUUUUUUAAAGUAUGAAAGCUAUAUACUCCAUAACUUUUGUAAUCAAAAAUAUUUGUGAUAUUUUCCAUUUAGUUUAAAAGUGGAAAGCUAUAUUUUUAUAACAACUGAGAAUGUAAUUAUUUAUGAUAUGAUGCUCUUUAAAUGUAGCAGUAAAAGUAGUGAAAUAAAAUACACACUGAAUUCUGA